AUGACCGGUCGCGGAAACCCAGGAGGGCGCAAGACGCUGCUUGCGCCGAUUCACUUCAUCUUCAAGCUCCUCCAACAACGCUCGACAGUCUCAAUCUGGCUCUACGAGCAGCUCGCCUUCCGUAUAGAGGGAAAAAUUCGCGGAUUUGACGAGUUCAUGAACCUUGUGGUCGACGAUGCUGUUGAGGUCCGCCUUGCGACAAAAUCUGAGGAGGAGAAGCGGAGGAGUCUGGGCCAAAUCCUGCUCAAGGGCGAUAACGUUUCUCUCAUCCAGGCCGUCCAGUGA